AUGAGGAGUGACGUGCGUGUGGUCCCCGAGGAGCGACGAUGCAGCCUGCUGCCGUUGACAGAGUCCACCACGUUGCUUACCUUUCUACCUAUCGAUUCGAGACGGGCCUCGAUGGAUGUGUCAUUGCAGCAUACGACUUCUGUGCUAUCUCACUCGUUUUCUCCGUAUUUCCAACAGAGGUUCUUCUACAUCUCAGACGGAGGUAUGGCAGCCAGCGCAUUUAAUCUUGCUUCGUCCACGCUGGGGGCUGGUACACUGGCCCUCCCGUACGCCGUGGCCCACUGCGGCUGGGUGUUAUCUUUUUUCGCUCUCAUGUUAUGUUUUAUUUCUACUGUGUACAGUGUAUACCUCCUUGCUGCGAUAAUGGAGCUCACUGGGUGCACGACGUAUGAAGAGAUGUCAAACUAUUGCUUUGGGUAUCUCAUUGAGAAAAUCACGGCUUCUAUUAUUAUUCUCUUCUGCUGGGGCGUUGCGGUGGUUUACGUAGUUGUUAUUGGUGACAUUCUUGAUUCCAUUGUUGCUGCACUCCAUCUUCAGCAGUACAUUGGUCGUCAAGGACUGCUGUUGUUGUUUUGGCUCUUCAUUAUGCUUCCCUUAUCCCUGGCGCGUAGCAUCAACUCCCUGCGGUACGCCUCUUUGGUGGGAUCCAUGUCAACAACGGUGUUGGUGAUGGCAAUUUGUUUGAAUGCUGUUGGGAAUGGAGCCAAACUUACGUCUGUGCCACUGAUCAAACUAGAAAUGGAAACAUUUUCGUCGUUUAAUACUUUCGUCUUCUCUAUAUGCUGUCAAUCAGUUGUAUCCAAGGUGUAUGCGGAGAUGCAGAAUCGAUCUCCUUGUAACAUCACCAAAGCUGCCACCUUGUCAAUAGGAUCUUGUUCAUUUAUAUACAUUGUUGCCGGGGUGUUUGGAGCUGCUGACUUUGGUGUCAACACUGAGCCGAACAUCAUGCAUAACUAUACGAACGAUCUAGACAAGCCGUACAUUACUCUGGCAUUUUUUGCGAUUGCUUUGACUGUGACGAUGUCAUUUCCAAUGGCAAUAUUCCCCACAAGGGAUUCAAUAUUGAUUGUAUUGGGGUACCCAGAAGACAACGCUACAACUGCCUCUGUUGUAGUGGCCGCAGUCUUGGCUUUGUUAGCGCUGAUUCUUGGUAUGCUUGUGCCAAAUGUGCGCAUCCUCUUUAAUGUGCUUGGCGGUGUGUUGGGAAGUUUUGUAUCGUUCAUAUUCCCUGCGUUAUUUGCAAUACGAUGCGGUUUCUGGAACCCAAAGGCCGUUGGUUGGCUGCACGUUGGCGCCACCGGCGGCCUUCUUAUUUUGGGCGCGGUGUCAUGUGCGCUGGGCGUCCAGAGCUCUUUCGGCAUCGUCUAA